AUCGUGAAAAGAAAUUAUAUAAACGACCCUACAAUCCAAUGCCAGCCCGAAAGGGGCUGCUUGCGCCCCAAAAUACCUUUCUGGAUACGAUCGCAACCCGCUUCGAUGGCACACAUUCGAAUUUUGUGCUCGGCAAUGCGCAGGCAAAUGGCAAUCCAAUUGUUUAUUGUUCGGAUGGCUUCGUGGACUUGACAGGUUAUUCACGAGCUCAAAUAAUGCAAAAGGGAUGCUCGUGUCAUUUCCUGUACGGUCCGGAAACAAAGGACGAGCAUAAACAACAAAUUGAGAAAAGUCUGAUGAAUAAGACCGAGCUAAAAUUGGAAGUUAUUUUUUACAAAAAAGAUGGUUCACCGUUCUGGUGUCUCUUUGAUAUUGUACCAAUUAAGAAUGAGAAGCGGGAUGUGGUGCUAUUUUUGGCAUCACACAAGGAUAUCACACACACCAAAAUGUUGGAGAUGAAUGUGAAUGAAGAAUGUGAUAGCGUUUUUGCCCUUACAGCUGCUUUGCUGGGUGCGCGUUUUCGCGCUGGUUCCAAUGCGGGAAUGCUUGGCUUGGGCGCCUUACCCGGUCUUGGUGGCCCACCGGCAUCGGAUGCGGAUGGCGAUGGCAUGGAGGGCAAUAAUUUGGAUGUACCUGCUGGCUGUAAUAUGGGACGACGACGUAGUCGUGCAGUGCUCUAUCAAUUAUCCGGUCACUAUAAGCCCGAAAAGGUGAAGACGAAAUUGAAAUUAGGAAAUAAUUUACUGCAUUCAACAGAGGCGCCUUUUCCCGAAUACAAAACACAAUCACUAAAAAAGUCACGCUUCAUUCUGCCGCAUUACGGUGUUUUCAAAGGCUUCUGGGAUUGGAUUAUAUUGGUGUCGACGUUUUACGUGGCCGUUUUAGUGCCGUACAAUGCGGCAUUUGCGAAGGCAGAUCGUCAAACAAUGGUAUCGGAUGUCAUUGUCGAAGCGCUUUUCAUAGCAGACAUUUUAUUGAAUUUUCGUACAACAUUUGUCUCGAGCAAAGGUGAAGUUGUCUCCGAUUCGAAAUUGAUUGCUAUUAACUAUUUGCGCGGUUGGUUUGUGGUGGAUUUGCUGGCGGCGCUGCCAUUCGAUCAUCUUUACGCUUCAGACCUGUACAAUGGAGAGGAAUCACACAUUCAUUUGGUGAAAUUGACACGCUUGUUGCGCUUGGCACGAUUGCUGCAAAAAAUGGAUCGAUACUCACAAUACACCGCCAUGAUAUUGACACUUCUGAUGCUCUGCUUCUCCCUGGUGGCGCACUGGUUGGCCUGUAUUUGGUAUGUCAUUGCCGAAAAGGAGUAUAUGAUGAAUGAUAGCGGCUGGGAUAUAGGUUGGAUGCACGCGUUGUCUGAGCGCUUGAAAAUACCCAUCACUAACAUAACGAAUGCCGAAGCCUAUUCGACGGCGCUCUACUUCACCUUCACCAGCCUAACAUCUGUGGGGUUUGGCAAUGUGUCAGCGAACACAACCGCAGAAAAGGUCUUCUCCAUCAUUAUGAUGUUAAUUGGCGCAUUAAUGCACGCCGUGGUGUUCGGUAAUGUGACGGCGAUAAUUCAACGCAUGUAUUCACGUCGUUCGUUGUACGAAAGCAAAUGGCGUGACUUAAAGGAUUUCAUAGCGCUGCAUCAGAUGCCCAAAGAACUGAAACAAAGGAUUGAAGAUUACUUCCAGACAUCCUGGUCACUCAACCAUGGCAUUGAUAUUUAUGAGACGCUACGCGAAUUUCCUGAGGAGCUGCGCGGCGACGUGUCCAUGCAUUUACAUCGUGAGAUUCUACAAUUGCCUAUAUUCGAGGCAGCGUCACAGGGCUGCUUGAAGUUACUUUCACUACACAUAAAAACCAACUUUUGUGCACCAGGCGAAUUUUUAAUCCAUAAAGGUGAUGCUCUGAAUUACAUUUACUAUCUUUGUAAUGGUUCGAUGGAGGUCAUUAAGGAUGAUAUGGUUGUGGCCAUUUUGGGCAAAGGCGAUUUAGUUGGAUCUGACAUUAAUGUUCAUUUAGUUGCCACAUCCAAUGGCCAAAUGACGGCGACCACCAACAGUGCUGGUCAGGAUGUGGUGGUGCGGAGUAGCAGCGAUGUGAAGGCACUGACCUAUUGUGAUCUCAAAUGCGUCCACAUGGGCGGCCUGGUCGAAGUGUUACGCCUCUAUCCUGAAUAUCAACAGCAAUUCGCCAAUGACAUCCAACAUGAUCUUACCUUCAAUUUGCGCGAAGGCUACGAAUGUCAAGAUUCCGAAAUUGGUCCAUCCUUUCCCUUGCCAAGCAUCAGUGAGGACGAUGAGAAUCAACAGGAUGGUGACGGCGGUGAUGAAGAUAAUGAAAAUGGUGCCGCUUCAGUGGCAACAGCCUCACCGCAUCACAGCAUUACCACACCAUCGCCAUUGCAUGGCCGCUCGCCAUUACUGGGCAUGAACAGUCCUCGCCUGAUGAAACUACAUCCACGCGGUCGCUCAUUGAUCACCAUGCGUGAGCGUGUGGAUCGACAGCGUUCAAUAAAUAUAACAUCUAGUUUGGAUGCUGGGUCGAUAGACGAAGAUAUGAAUGCGGAGGAGGGUGAUGAAGAUGUGCGUAGCAUAAAAAAGAAACCCUCGAUGGAGCGUCUAGACUCACAAGUAUCGACGCUGCAUAACGAUGUGGCACAGUUGAGUAUGGAAGUGCGCAACGCCAUACAGGCGCUACAAGAGAUGACCUUCUCGACAAUGGCCUCACAGGCGAGUCUGAAAUUCCCACCUGCGCGUUCAAUACCCAAUAUCUGCGGCACUGGUGGUGCUGCCGUGGGUGUGGGCAGCACAAUGCACUUUGUGGCAAGUAGUAGUGAUGAUGUUUCACUACAACGUUCCUCAUCGCAUCCGCCUGAGAUAUGGGGACGUGAAAUGCACUUGACUUUAGGUGGCACAGCGGGUGUGUCGAGUGGUGUAGCGACGAGUGGUGAAGGAGCAAUAAGUGCCAGUGGCAGUGCAAAGACAAAUUCUCCAGCAGCGGCACCUGAGAUACCGAAAGUUUCGCGCGCCACUCAAACCGAUUUUUACAAAAUAGAUUUUCCCGUAUUCGAGCGCUUUGUGUUGGCCAAUCCGCGACUAGUGCUCGGCUUGUUGGGUAUUGAUCCUGCAAUAAAGACUGAAAUCGAGAUGCUACAACAACAACAAACGCUGAAGGUAUCGCCCCUGAACACCAUCGAGGAGUUGAUAUCGCCCGCCGAAGGCCCCAACUCCAUUACUGGCUCCAAGGAACGCUUGUUGGACGACACCGGUAACUGUGAUGGUAAGUCGUAUGCGUCAAUGGAUGACGAGAACUGCAAUGACUACCGGUGGACCAUGAAGCAUUCCGUGAGUAAAAGUAGCAGCUGUUGUCGCUCCACCGACGCACUGCUACAACCGAUUGAUGAGCAACGUGAAGUGCCACAGCAAACAACAAUGCAUCACAGUCCACAGUCGCCAACCUCUCGUUACGAGCAUUAUACAUCCGCAACAACAACCGCGACGACAAUCAUUUCGGCGGCAGCAACAGCAGCGGCGACCACCAACGAGCAAAUGACAAAUAUUUAUUUGGCUAGCGAGGCAGAACGACCAACAGCUGCGGCAAUAAUGCAACAACAACAGCAACAGCCAUCGCAUCGUUCGGCGCGGCGAAACUCCAAUCACAACAACUCCAACUACAGCAGUCAGCACCAUAGCAACAGCAACAGUAGUCUCUCCAGUAAUGCGUCCACACACUCGAACAGUAGCAACAGCCCGCCGGCAGUCGCGCCUGCUAACAUUAUUGGACACAAUGGACCAGUUAGUGGGGCAGGAGGAGGAGGAGGAGGAGGCGGUAGCGGUGGUGGUAGUAAUAGCAAUGCGCCAAGUAACAACAGCAGUCGGCGCUCCUCUUGGAAACUACACCGCUCGCACAGCGGCGACUAUAAACGGCUUCCUGAGGCAUUGGAAGACUCGCCACCUGGUAAAAUUAUUACCGCAGCAACAGCAACCACUACCACAUCUGUGACGCACUACGCAUACAGUGGCGGCGGUGCUGCGGAUGAACAUCUCGAACUUUUAGCUAGUAGGCGCUCGUCACGUGCCAGCUGCGCAUCGAUACUUGGUACAGCGACGGAAGCGUCAGUGGUAAAUAAACGGAAUAGUUUAAAUGCGAAUCGCUCCUUGCUGAGUGUAAAUGCAAGUAUAGGCGGAGCAAAUAGUGGUCACCAUCAUACGAGUUAUCGCUUCUCCGCUGGCGAUGCUGAUAAAUUGGAGAAAGGUUUGAAAGGAUUGCCCUCGACGCGAUCUCUGAGAGAUGCGAGUGUUAAUUAGGAAAAAGAAAAGGGAAAAACUUAGGGUGUAUUGGAAUAAGGCGGCAUAUAGACGCGUUGAAAUUACAAGGGACGUUUUGAAUGAGUGAGAAAGUGAUGGGGAUAUAUUGGAAGCCUAUGUCUAGUAAAGUGUAGUUAAGUCUACGUAAAGGUAAAAGUGUGGCAAAAGAAAAAUUGCAAGAUUAAGAUGUAAAUAAAAAAUGUGGGAAAAUAAAAGUCCAAAAUGUAGUUUACGCAAAAAAUGGAAAAGACUCAAUAAGUGAUACAGAAAUAUGAAUUUAAUUAGAUUCGAUGUGAGACCCUAUUAAGAAAACUGUCCACUAUUCUAACUUCCAAAAUAUUAAACUGGAGACGUGGUUGAGAAUUCAUAAUUUCACUUUUUAGUUAAUCAGCAAUGUUUGCCCCAAAUCAAAAAGGCCCCGCGCUCUCUGAUCUAAAUUUCGAAGGAAAGAAUUUUAAUUUUUACUUAUCUAAAGUAUGUACAGUAGGGCGGGCCAAUUCGUUUUUA